UCUCAUCAUCAUCGUCAUCAUCUUAAACUAACAAAAACCAGAAAACGAACGCUCAAAACCAAUCAAAACGAAUUUUCUCGCUCUCAAAUAGAAACAAAAAAAGAUCAAGAAUUUUUACUUAUUCUAAAUUACGGGGAGAAAGUGUAGAGCAAUUGGAGAAAUUGCAGUUAUGGAGAUAGCUAACGUCGGAGUUCGAACGAGAGCCAUGGCGGCAACUGAAAUAGUUAAGAAGAAGCGCGGAAGGUUUCACGACGACGAAGAAGCUCAAGUUAAGGUAACUUCCUCAACGACAUCGUAUAUCCAGUUGAGAAGCCGGAGAAUUUUGGUGGAUCAUCGUCGGAAGGAAAAUCGGCGUUCGAGCCAUAACUCGGAUCAUGAUGAUGACGUGUCAUGUUGUUCAAGCAAUAUCGGAUCGAGCGAGAAAAGGAUUAUCGAAUUGCCAGAUCUGGAGGAUGAGAGUAUCGAAGUUGAAACGUCUCCGUAUUUUAGUAGCAGAGAGAGUUCGAUGAAUUCUAGCAGGAGAGAAACGACGCCAUCGAGUGAGCUCCGAGCUGAGCCAGAAGACCAGGAUUCAAUGUCGAAGCCAUCAGAGGUGAACUCUCACCGUAGAUCAACGGUGGAGAAUAUCAAUCCAAUCCAAGCUGAAAUCGAAGAAUUCUUUGCUUCUGCUGAGAAAGAUCUUCAAAAACAUUUUACUGAAAAGUAUAACUUCGAUUUUGUCAAGGAAGAACCGUUGGAAGGACGUUACGAGUGGGUUCGACUAAAGCCAUUAGGAAAAAGCCAAAACGAAAAAAUAGAGGAAAAAAGCAACGAAUAAUUUAUUUAGAAGAAGAAGAAGAAGAAGAAAAAGAUCAACAUGGCGAUUUCUCUUAGGUACUAGUAAUUUUAUUUAUUUUUUUCGCACUUUUCUAGGGUUUUCUUUUAUGUACAGAAUUAGAAGAAGAAAGAAGAAGGGAGGUUGGUCUGAUGAUAUUUAUAUGUGGAGAGAGAAUGAGAGAGGGAAGGCUUUUUCGGAAAAGAAAAAUGGGGGAAAAUCAGCUUAGGGAGGAACAAAGAGAAUUGAAAACGGUUAUUUGAAUAACGAAAUUCUGUUCGGAGUCUACUUUGCUGGUUUUAGGAAAUUUUUAGCCCCUAAAAUUCGUGUCUGUUUCUUCUGCUGAAGUCUGUCUGCUGCUGCUCUUUCUCUUCUCUCUUUCUGGUACCGUGUCAGUUGCAGUAAUUCUCAGUAGCUUGUAGUAAUUUUUUUGGCUGCAUUUAUUUAAUUCAAUAAAAUUUAAUAAUACAUUUA